UCUAUAAGGUUCUCAUGUCCUGUUUAAGAAAGCAGCGUCGCGCGCAAGUCUAUCAUUCCUGAAUAAAGCGUUUGAACCACUGUAGAUCCAUUACUAAAGAUGGCAGAAACCGCCCCAGCUGCAUCCGCCCCGCCGACCAAAGCGCCCAAGAAGAAGUCCGCCGCUAAAGCCAAGAAAGCAGGUCCAGCCGUCGGUGAUCUGAUCGUUAAAGCCGUGUCCGCAUCCAAGGAGAGGAGCGGCGUGUCUCUCGCUGCUCUGAAGAAAGCUCUCGCCGCCGGCGGCUACGACGUGGAGAAGAAAAACUCCCGCAUCAAGCUCGCCAUCAAGAGCCUGGUGACUAAAGGCAUCCUGCUGCAGGUCAAAGGAACCGGCGCCUCCGGAUCCUUCAAGAUCAGCAAGAAGGAGACCGAGACCAAGAAGAAGCCGGCGAAGAAAGCGGCUCCUAAAGCCAAGAAGCCCGCGGCCAAGAAACCCGCUGCUGCCAAGAAGCCCAAGAGCGCAGCGGCAAAGAAGCCCGCCGCUAAGAAAUCCCCCAAGAAGGCCAAGAAACCCGCUGCCGCUGCCGCCGCCAAGAAGGCCACGAAGAGCCCCAAGAAGGCGAAGAAGCCCGCGGCGCCCAAGAAAGCAGCCAAGAGCCCCAAAAAGACCAAGGCCGCCAAACCCAAGACAGCGAAGCCUAAAGCAGCCAAGCCUAAAAAGGCAGCUCCCAAGAAGAAGUAAAAACCUGCUGUUUUAUUCCCCAACGGCUCUUUUCAGAGCCACCCACAAACUAAAGAAAGAGCAGUUUACUUAGUGGAAUUAAGGCUAGGUUAAGAAAUUUACCUAAUUUGUGCCCCCGUUUUACUUGAAAAACAACUCCUUAAUUCUUCUCCACAAAAUAAGUAAAUAAAUAAACCACCCCACACCAUGCAACAUGAAGCUCAACAUCUCUUCUAUUGUCCUAACCAUUAUUUUGUUUGAUUAGACCCACAAGUUCAGUGUCAGAAAAUAAAUAAAUAAAUCAGUUUUUAGAUACUUUCACAAAAAGAGUAUCUAACAUGAACUAAUCAUAUGAGCAGCACACAUGAAAGUGUGAAGGAGUGCUAGUCAGAUUGUAAGAGCAGACUGAUGGAGCGAAGAUGUGUCUCCAGUCAUUGUGUUCUUGUUCAUGAGUUUCUCUUUGUGUCGGAAAUGAGUCGACUGCUUUGUUCUACAGUGUCUGCUUUGUUCUACAGUGUCAUUACUUGUUCAGGUAAAUCAAUAUAUGUUGGCGUGAAUGUUGUCUGUUGACGUCAUCUUAAUGUCGUCCAGCAGGAUUUUUCUGUGGGUUAAUAACUGUAACACUAAAUACUGACGCAUUAUAAUAAAUCCUUUAAAA